CGGCCCGCAGGUGCUGGCUGCCUUCGGAGAAUCGGGGACAAGACUCUCCAGACCACGCCCAAGCUUGCAGCUCAAGCUGGAGGGGUGCGACUGCAUUCUGUGGAAGACCUCAGACCUCAAGAUACGAAGUGGAAGAAGUGCCUAAAACAAUGGAUGCCAGAAAAAAACAUUGGAAGGAGAAUAUGUUUACUCCUUUUUUUAAUGCACAGUAUAUUCUAGAAGAGAUUUCUCAGCCGGAAUCUGUGGAACCAGCUACUGCAGAAAAGACCAAGAGGUUGGAAAGACUUUGUAAUUUGUCCAGCAGAACGUUUCAAGAAACAAGUACAAUUAAGAAGAAAGAAUGUAUUUCUCGAUCGAAUGAGAAAGAACAAGAACACAGUGUAAGAGAGAUAAAUAUAAACAUAACAAAGAAUGCAACAGACACAAAAUCUAACUGCUGUGUAUUAUCUAGUUUGGAUGUUGCAGCUAAAGAAAGCAUUAAUAGCAGGGAUCACCCUACCUGGCGUAGGAGGGAAUUACCAGUUCAUUUACAGCGACACAGUAGGAAUAAAUACACCAAAGGUAUGUCAACAAAACUUCGCCUAAAUAUUCUGAAUGAUGAACUUGAAGAACUUAACACGAAAUGCAAAAAAAUUGAAAAGGAAUUUGAAACUGCCGAAAAAGAAUUAUUGAGCUCCAAAAAUGACACCAUCCCCCUAAAUUUUCAGGAAACAAGGGUGGAUUCUUCGAGGAAAGACUGGGAACUUCAAGCAUUGCGAAACGAUCUGUGUAAAAAAUCAGCCAAUAUACAAAACUUAACUGAGGAGCUCCAGCAAGCCAAAGAAACCAUCUACAAGUUGAACUUAGAGAACCGGGAAUUAAGAGAAGCUGUUAGAAACUUAAAACAUCAGACUGAAGUUGGAAGCGUACUUCUCAAAGAAGAAAUGAAGCUGUACUAUGAGUUGGAGAUCGAGAAGAUUCGUGCAGAGCUUGAUGCGGUCAAGUAUGAACUAAGAGCUGAGAAGAACCUGCAAGCAAGAAACAGCCGAGCGUUAGAGCUGCUUAGAAAACACUUGGCGUCAGCGGUAAUAUCAUCCAGUGUCCAAGAUGGCUUUUGUGGGGAUUUCUUGUGAACUAAAAAAAAUCUGUCUUUGGACAAAUCCUUGAGCCAAAUCGAUGUCUGUUGUCCUUUUGUGUGUGUGUGUGUGUGUGUGUACCACUUAAAAUGUGUGUAAUAGGAAAUAGUUUUCAUUUGUGGUGAAUUGCAGUAUCUGUAAAACUUGAAAGCUUUGCUUUCAUUCUUUUAGAAUUCAUUCUAAGAAACUCUUUCAUUCAUUAGCGUUUCAUACUCUUUCUAAUGAAGUUAUUGUGAGAAUCCAAACGGAAGUGAAACCUCAGAAAUAUUUUAUACUUAUAGUAUAUUUAUAUAUUUCACACAAAAACUCGUAGUGACUCACCAAAUCUUUAUGAAUACAAAUUAACAACCAUUUUAUUAUCUUGUGAGCAAUAUGCCCUUGGUACGUGAAUAUUCUUCCAUCUGUUUUCAUUGAUAUUAA